AUGGCCUGGACAGGAGGAACCACAAGUUCGCUCAGACCUCCCGGAUUUCAAUCGGAGGCUACAGCCCAAGUGACAGCCCCGACGGCGAUUCCGGCGACUAACACAGUCUUCGACCCAAAUGAUGCGGCAAGCCCCUAUUUCUUGCAUCUUAACGAGAACCCUGCAUUAAUCCUUGUUUCCACAACCCUAAAUGGACGAAACUAUCAUCCUUGGGCCAGAGCAAUGGAGAAGGCGCUCCUUUCUAAGAAUAAAUUAGGGUUCGUGGAUGGGACUGUGGCAGUGCCGGACGUUGGUGAUGUUAGGUUUCCCUACUGGAAAAGAUGCAACAACAUGGUUGCAACCUGGUUGAUGCGUUCGUUGUCACCUGAAAUUGCUCAAACUGUCCACUGGGUAGGAUCAGCAGAAAAGAUCUGGAAAACGUUGGAAUCAAGAUUCAGCGAGGCCGAUAUUUUCCGUGUCUCGGAUUUACAUGCUGAGAUUCAUCAAAUUCGACAGGGAGUUCUCAGUGUAGGAGCGUAUUUUGCCAAAUUGAAGAGUCUAUGGGAUGAGCUGCUGGUUAUAAGACUUCUCCCCACCUGCAAUUGUGCGCGAAAGUGUUCUUGUGGACUGCUUGAAAAACUUCAACUCCAUCUGGAUAAUGACAAUCUAUCCAUGUUCUUAAGGGGACUGAGUGACAGUUAUGCCUCAGUACAAUCGCAGAUCAUGAUGAUGAAACGGCUACCCUCUGUUGAUGGAGCAUUCUUGAUAGUCCAGCAACAGGAAAGGAGAUUCAACAAUGGAGGUAGUCUCUCUUCCCAAACUGCAGAUAACUUGAUUGCAGGGAACGUAUUCUUUAGUCAGACUGGAGGGGGUAAUUCAGGGGGCAAAAAACCCUACCCCAAUGGAAACAAGAAACCACUGUGUACCUAUUGUGGUUUCACUGGACACACAGUUGAAAAGUGCUACAAAAAGCACGGGUAUCCUCCCGGAUAG